AUAUAUAUACUGUAUAUUUAUGUAUACAGUCAUGCCAAAAAAUAUGGUCAAACAGCAUCUAUAUCACCACAUGUUGUUUAGGAGGUUUUCAAGAAAAAUUAUCCUAAAUCAUCCAUUAAAAAAUAACCUUCAGCAUAUUCAUUUAUCAGACACGACUGGAACUUCACAUGGGACUGGCUUCUAUGAUCAGAUCAAACUAAAAAAUGAGCAGCAAACACUCAAGAUGGGUUUGGGGAAAACCGGGAUAAAAAGUACCCCAUGUGUACAAUGAAACAUACUGCUGUAUUUUUUUAUUCUGUGGGCCUAUAUUUCUGCUGGAGGUCCUGGACAUCUUGUUUAGAUACAUGGCAUCUUUGAUUCUAUCAAAUACCAACAGAUAAAAAAAUCAAAAAGUGACUGACUCUGUUCAAAAUCUUAUAAUGGACCAUGUUUGGAUCAUCCAAUCGUACAAUAAUCCAAACACAAACCUCAAAAAUGCGUCACUGGGCACAAAACCAAGCUUCUGCUAUGGCCGUUCCAGUUCCCUGACCUGCACCCAAUAGAAAAAUAGUGUGGUGAACUGAAGAGCAGCACCACCAACAUGGAGCUGGGAAGUGAUUCUUGGUGAAGGAAUGGUAUCUGAUCCCUUGUCAGGUGUUCUCUAACCUAUUUAGACCUGUUGAAUUGGCAGGUCUAUUUUUUUUUUUUCUUUCUUUUUUUUUUUUAAUAAAAGAUCAAAAGGAUUAGGAUUAACAAUGCAGAUUAAUUAUCAGAGCCUUCUUUGAUCAUAUUUACCAAGGCUGUCCAUAUUUUUGGCCAUGACUGUGUGUGUAUAUAUAUAUAUAUAUACAUUCACACACACACACACACCCUGAUACAACCCCAAUGCUCUGUUGUGAUUGAUUUUGCUGUUUUUAUGUUUGGGUCCCAGAGACAUCAAUGGCAAUUAAAAAAUGGUCAUUUGGAAUUAACUGUUAAUUUUACCUCAUAUUCUUUCAAAAAAGAAUGAUCUAAUCAAAACCCAGUGAUAUUUGUUAAUAUGAUCUAGGUGUAACAGAACAUUACUUGUUUUGAUUGAUGAAGCUUAUCUCUUUAUGGUUUUAUUUAUCAGCCUUGAAGACAUCAUAAUGGGCGUUGACAUUAAAGCUACUUUGCAAAUUCUGGCUCUGUUGUUCUUGCAACUGGAAGCAGGGCAAGAUGAAUUGAUCAUCUCCACUGACAAAGGCAAAGUCAGAGGACUGAGGCUUCCUUUGUUCGGUGGUUUGGAGUAUGUGGCGGCCUUCCUUGGGAUCCCCUAUGCCAAGCCUCCAUUGGACAAGCUUCGCUUCAGACAACCAGAGCCUGCUCUGGUGUGGAAUGGGAUACGAGAUGCCACUCGGUACUCCAAUUCAUGCUUUCAAGUUCCAGACACAUUUUACCCAGGAUUCCCUGGAGCUGAGAUGUGGAAUCCCAACACAAGAAUUAGCGAAGACUGUCUGUACCUCAAUGUUUGGACUCCUUCAACUGACCUCCAGAACCAUGCCAAACCCUUAAUCCCAGUUAUGGUGUGGAUCUACGGUGGAGGCUUUUCCACAGGUACCGCAUCCCUGGACGUGUACGAUGGCCGUUUCCUCAGCCAUUCGCAACAAGUGGUGGUGGUGUCUAUGAACUACCGAGUAGGAGCAUUGGGCUUCCUAUCUCUACCAGAAAGUGAGAGCAUUAAAGGUAAUGCUGGUCUAUUUGACCAGCGCCUGGCUCUCAGCUGGGUGUCAAGGAACAUUGCCGCAUUUGGGGGUGAUCCGUCUUCCAUUACCUUGUUUGGGGAGAGUGCUGGUGCUGGCUCUGUGGGAUAUCAUUUGCUUUCGCAGGGCAGCCAUGGACUAUUCACCCGUGCAAUUCUCCAGAGUGGCAGUCCCAAUGCUCUGUGGGCGGCAGUGGAGCCAGCUCAGGCCUGGAACCGUUCCUUGACUCUGGCUCGGCUUCUGAACUGCCCACUUGGACCAUCUGCUGAUGAAAUGGAGGCUUGCUUAAGGGCUGUUGAACCUGAAAAGAUAGUCAGUCUUCAAUUUGAAGUCAUUCCUGAUUCCGUUAUAAUAAGUGUCCCUUUUCCGCCCACAGUGGAUGGAGAAUUUCUCGCGGACAUGCCGAGUGACGUAAUCCAGUCUGGGCAUUUUCUGAAAACUGAACUUCUUUUGGGAUUGAACAGGGAUGAAGGGACAUACUUCCUUAUUUAUGGCGCACCUGGAUUUGGCAUCCAUAACCAAAGCCUUAUCACUCGAGACCAGUUCCUCGCAGGUGUAUCCUUGAGCCUCCCUGGUUUCAGUGACAUAGCCAGAGAAGCGGCUGUAUUUCAGUAUACUGAUUGGACAGAUGAGCAGAGCAAGCCAAAAAACAGAGAGGCCCUAGGCUGGUUGGUGGGCGACCGCUAUAUCUCAUGCCCCUUACUGGAAUUUGCCCGUAGGUAUGUCGAGAAUGGUGGCAGUGCCCGUGUGUUCCUCUUUGACCAUCACUCCAGCUUCAACCCCUGGCCUGGAUGGAUGGGUGUAAUGCAUGGGGAUGAGAUCCCGUUUGUUUUUGGGAUUCCUUUGAACCAGGCCUUUGGAUUCUCAAAGGAGGAGGAAGCCCUGAGCAGGAGGAUCAUGAAGCACUGGAGCAACUUUGCUAGAAGUGGUGAUCCGAGUGUGCAGGGAGUGGAUUGGCCACCAUUCACGCUGGAACAUCAGCAGUAUGUCACGCUUAACACUGGCCUGUCACAAACACUCAGGAUGCUUCGAGCCCAGCAGUGCAAGUUCUGGGACAGUUUCCUGCCAAAACUGCAGUAUGUCACAGUGAGUAUUGAUGAAGUGGAGUUCCAGUGGAAGUCUCAGUUCCACCGCUGGCGUUCUUACAUGCUGGACUGGAAGAAUCAAUUUAACGACUAUGCCUCAGUCAAAAAGCAACAGUGUGAAGACCUUUAAUGUCUGACCACAUUUCCCCAAAAACAGCCCAUGCAGUGCACUUCACAAAGCUACAGAAAGUCAGUGCCCAUGCAUAUGGAUGGAGAAAAGCUUCUGUGGUUUCUAUAUCUUCACAAUAUGGUGCCUUUUUGCUUCCUCUGGGCCUUGUCUGGAAGAGAAGUGCUUUUUUGGGAAAAGGAGUCCAUAUUGAGAUAUUUUGGUAAGCUUGUUUAAGUGAUACAAGAAAAUGUCUAACCAACACUGUGUAUGAAUAAAUACACUAUAUACUGUAUACUAUAUAUAUAUAUAUAUAUAUA